GCUGCCCUCUUCUUGUCACGCCGCCGCCGCCGCCGCCGCUGCCACUCGGGGUUGGGGCGUUUUUUCACGUUGCCGCUGCCCUUCUCCGGCUGCUGCUGCUGCCGCUGCUCUUGAUGUUCUGAGGCAGAAGGGAGGGGAGCGGUGGCGGCCGCUGGACCUUCUCCUUUUUCCUCUCUCGCUCUUCUAUCAUCUUGGCUUGGCCCCAGGCUUGGGGAGGGGGGAGCGCCUUCUCCGCCAUGGCCACCAGCACCACAGGCUCCACGCUGCUGCAGCCGCUCAGCAACGCCAUUCGGCUACCCAUAGACCAGGUCAAUUUUGUAGUGUGCCAACUGUUUGCCUUGCUGGCUGCUGUGUGGUUUCGAACUUACCUUCAUUCAAGCAAAACUAGUCCAUUCAUAAGGCAUGUUGUUGCCACACUCUUGGGCCUUUAUCUUGCACUUUUUUGUUUUGGAUGGUAUGCCUUACAUUUUGUUAUACAAAGUGGAAUUUCAUACUAUAUCAUGAUCGUUAUAGGAGUGGAAAAUAUGCACAAAUAUUGUUUUGUUUUUGCUUUGGGAUACCUCACUGUGUGCCAAAUUUCUAGAGUUUAUAUAUUUGACUAUGGACAAUAUUCUGCUGAUUUUUCGGGCCCAAUGAUGAUAAUUACACAGAAAAUUACAAGUUUGGCGUACGAAAUUCAUGAUGGAAUGUUCCGAAAAGAGGAAGAACUGUCGCCCUCACAGCAAUGCUUAGCCGUGAGACACAUGCCAAGUCUACUGGAAUAUUUAAGUUACAACUGUAAUUUCAUGGGUAUCCUGGCAGGCCCAUUAUGCUCUUAUAAAGACUAUAUUACAUUUAUUGAAGGCAGAUCAUAUCAACUGACACAGUCGGAAGCAAAUGGGAAAGAAGAAAUAAAAUAUGAACAAACGGACCCCUCCCCAAAUAUAGCCGUGGGGCAGAAACUUGUAGUGUGUGGACUAUCCUUAUUAUUUCAUAUGACUGUUAGCAAAACUUUCCCUGUAGAAUACAACAUUGAUGACCAAUUCAGAGCAACCGCAUCAUUUCCUACAAAGAUUAUCUACCUAUACCUGUCACUAAUGGCUGCCAGGCCGAAGUAUUAUUUUGCAUGGACUUUGGCAGAGGCAAUUAAUAAUGCAGCUGGAUUUGGCUUUAGAGGCUAUGAUAAAAAUGGAGUCCCACACUGGGAUUUGAUUUCAAAUCUACGAAUUCUACAUAUAGAGUUUUCAACGAGUUUCAAGAUGUUUCUUGAUAACUGGAAUAUUCAGACAGCACUUUGGCUCAAAAGAGUAUGCUAUGAGCGAGCCUCUUUCAGUCCAACAAUACAAACCUUUAUCUUAUCAGCCAUUUGGCAUGGGGUAUAUCCUGGAUAUUAUUUAACUUUCUUAACAGGGGUGCUAAUGACACUUGCAGCACGAACGAUUAGAAAGAACAUUAGAAAUUAUUUUCUUGAUUCUCCAGCCAUUAAGUUAUGUUAUGAUAUCAUGACAUGGAUCACAACUCAAAUAGCAAUAAGUUACACAGUUGUGCCAUUUGUACUCCUUUCUAUAAAACCCUCCUACAUAUUUUACAGUUCCUGGUAUUUCUCCCUCCAUAUUGCCUGCAUUUUAGUGCUGAUGUUUCCAAUGAAAAGAACUCAAAUACAAAAUAAAGAGCAAGAAAGCAUCCAGUCUUCAUGGUCCAAACAGCAAGAAGAAGGAAAGGAAAAAAGAAUUACGGGAUAUAAUAGUUAUUCUGUGGCAAAUAGCUUCAAUCAAAGAAGAGAAAUCACAUCCAGAAAUACAGCAACAAAACAAUGAUUACAGAUGCUAUAGAUGCUAUAUUUUAUAUUUUCAAGACCAUUUAUAGCACCUUUUAAAAAGGGGGUUAUAUUUGUCUGAAAGGAUGGUUAGUAAGAAAAGAAUGCUAUAUCUCUAGGGAAUAUACUAGUAAGAUGAAAGCAAAGCUAAUUAACCACUCCUGUGCCAUAUUCCUGUGGAUCACGCCUUAUAUGGAAAUAUUACGAUUAUUUCAGUGGGCACUCAAGACCAACUACGUACGUCAUCAGCGUGCCACUAUGCUGAAUGUACAUUGUAAAUCCCUAGGAACUUAUGGGGGGUGGGAAAUGGUUGUAUCAAUCUGGAAUACCAGAAGGAAAAAAUCUUGCAUUGCCUUAAACCCUCUAUCUACUGAAAAGUAAUGUUUCUAAAUAGUAUUUUCAUGUUUAGUAUAUUAUAUUUAAAGUAUCACUCAAAAAUAAGCUUUGGAUUCUGAGGGACAAAAUGAGAAAUGGAAGCAGAAAACCCCACUGCCUGAAGUCAAAAGAACGAACUGCAAUAAGCACCUCACUGUCUGGAGGGUUUUCUUAGUAUAUCAGGUUUGUACAAUAGAGAAUGAAAAGCAUUGCUAAUAUUAAAUCAUAGUUGGUUUCCCUGAUUAAAAACAGUGGUUAAAGGAAAGCCCUCUGAAAACUUUUUUUAAAUAUUAAAAGUCAUCCUUUCUAGAGCCAAAUGUUUUGAUUUAAUUUUGCUCUUUAGGAUGAGUACAUUCUGCAGCAACCUUCACAAAAUAUACAUGGAAUUCCUAUUAAAGCUGCAGCUUCCCAAUAAAAAUUCUAAUCCUAUAGAAAUAAUUUCACAGGGCAUCACUAGUAAAGGUGGAUCAGUUAUAGAAUUAGUGUGAAAAGGUGCUUAAGAUGGCCUCUUUAUCUUAUGGUUAUAAUUCAGUUUAUAUUAAACAAAGAGUGCAAUUGUUAAAUUGGUACUGUCUAGUUGAACACCGUAAACCCUGUAACACCAGAAUAUCUGUGGUUUAGAAAAAAAUUAAAGCAGGAUGUAAUAUAUGGGGAUCAUAGUGUAACAUUUGAUAAAACUUUCCCAAC